GCUGGUAUAACUUACACCUUGAGGGCCGUUGGCCGGCCUGCGCUGGAUUGGGUCCACGGGUGGGGUUGGCCUAAGGAAUGGCACGUCAGCCUUUGGCUCUUUGCGGCUACCUGGCGACACAAGCAAAACCGUAAACAUUGUUCUCUCAUGCUGGCCCGCCUUCGACUCGCAACAACACAGUCCUUCUUUCCCAGGAGAUUCCAAGCUUCAAAAGCUUCCAGCAUUAGUGCCCAGGUGGAUUGAGCAAGGGUGGUCUGGGCUGUCCUUUCUGUCUGUGUCGAAAUGCCUUCCAUCGCCAAAUAUCUGACGGACAUGUUGCACAAGAAGGAGGCCGAGGCGCCACCGCCCAUCACGACCUCCACGGCCGUAUCAUUUCUCGUCCUCUACACAGUCCUCUACGUGGCGCCCUUCUACCUCUCCCCAAAGACCCGGCCCUCGCCCACCCUGAGCCGCGACGCGCCGCACGUCAUCCGCGCGCGCAUCGCCUCCGUCACGCUCACGUGCGCCCUCACCUCGCUGGCGACCCUCGCGGUCCUCACGCGCGUGGGCGGCCACGGGGUGGGCGCCGCCGUGCACGAGAUGGGCUACUGGCCCGCCGGGCUGGCCGAGUCCCUCAGGGCGCUGCUCCUGACGGCGCUGCUGUUCCUCGGCCCGCUGUUUGAGUACCUCGUGGCCGAGGCCGGGUGGAGGGACUGGCUUGCGCUUGAGCCUCUUGGGCGCGUGUGGCGUGAGAUUACCGCGUGGAGGAAUCUUGUUGCUGGGCCCCUGACAGAAGAGAUCCUCUUCCGCUCCGCCUCGGUGCCCCUGAUGGUCCUCGCGCGCACGACGCUCACAAGGACAAUCUUCGUCUCCCCGCUCGUCUUCGGCCUCGCCCACGUCCACCACCUCUACGAGUUCCGCGUGACCCACCCGGGCGUGCCCCUCGCCGCGGCCCUGCUGCGCUCCGCCUUCCAGCUGGGCUACACGACCCUGUUCGGCGCGUACGUCACCUUCGUCUUCCUGCGCUCCGGGUCCGUGCUCGCCGUCUUUGGCAUCCACGUCCUGUGCAACUGCAUGGGCCUCCCCCGCGUCUGGGGGCGCGUCGAGGGCUGGGACCGGGCGAGGGGCGCCGUGCCGCUCGGGGCCGGGUGGUCUGUUGCGUAUUACGUGCUGCUUGUCGCCGGCGCUGUGGGCUGGUGGCGGCAGCUUUGGGUUCUGACUGAGAGCGGGAAUGCUCUGCUUCCCAUGUGAGGGGGGGGCAUUUCUGGUGUUGAGCAGAUCACGGUAGUACCCUGGACAACGGCUAGCAAGAAUCCAUCAUGCUUGGUUUGUCCACCAGUGUCUGCGGGGCAUCAGUCCUCCUGCCAUGCAUGACACAUAUAUCAUUAUUCCAGAAUUUUGGGGAGCUAAGAAGAUGGGUAUUUCAACAUGAUGCCCCGACCCCUAAUCUCAGCCCGUUCAGCCAAGUCAAAUAUCGUCUCCUCUCGACCUUCCCAGUCUCGACAGCAGCUUCACACAGCACCCGUCCGUCUAACAUGGCCUGAGCGUCAACCCACACACGCCGUUGUCCCUCCCUAUGGCCGACAUUCUUCGGUAAGACGUGACACUACGGCAACAUCACCUGAUUUCAAACACGUGGCCAUUAAUCAGAUACCGAUAUAACACGUGGGACACACUUAUCAGAUCCGCAGCAGAUGCCGUGAUACUGUGGCUUGACAAAAACAACGGUCACACAUCGUGCUCCCUUGAUCAUCAUCCUUUCCGAGACAUUGACCCAGCCUUUUAUGCGAGUCAUCUAGCACACACAGAAGAGCCUCAAAGAGGUCCUGCAGACAUCACUCGUUGGUGUGGCUCGUCCUUGUUCCUCUCUCUGUCCGAACCUUUGCUCCAUCCCAUACAGCAUUCGGUCAGGGUACAAGAUAUUUGCAUAGGGCUGAUACCACAGUAGUAUUAACUUAAACUUUGUCUCGCGCGUCCUUUUUCUUCCGGCUCGGCUAGAGUACAAGUACAGUAGGUAUACAGGAUAAUAGCACAGUAACUAUUAAGUCCCCAUAGGAGUUUUUCUUAUGUUUGCAGCCACGCGCCGGCUAUUUUACAAGCCGGGCGGGCUGAAGUGAGAUCG